AUGUAUCGCAUUCUUUUGAUAUUUUUGGCGACAACACUCGUUUGCUCCGUCGCAGAAGCGAACACUCAACAAACAGUCAACGAAAUCUGCAAACAGACAAUAGACAUCAAGUUCUGCAAUGGGAUCCUUGCCAAAGCUACUUCCCCAAGCAUGAAAGAUCUCUUGAAUGUGACAGUGACAGAAGCUCAAAGAAUAUCGGACGACACAUAUUUCUUCAUCAGCACGAUCCUUUUAAAUGCUGGAAACCAGAGACCCGUUGUACAAAAGUGUGUUGACGCUUACGCUGUUCUGAACUCAUCGUUCACGAAUGCUUUAUCUCUCUUUAACAGUGGACGAUACGCUGAGAUCAUCACACUCAUGGUUAAUAUUUCCAGUGAAGAUGUAAUCUGUGAGACAGAUUUUAAUGUGCCCGGUUAUAAUAUCAAUCCGAUGAUCGAGAAAAACAGAGAGACAAAGGUUUUCGUGGCCAUGGAAAAAAUCAUUGGUCAUAUGGUUUCUUCAUAG